AAAACCAUAUUUUGUCCGGGGAUAUUUUGUCGGGGGAUCAAAACGCUUGAUACCUUCGGGGAGAGGAGAGUUCUGAACUUGAAAUCAAAUCAUCCUCUGAGCCAGAAGCUAGGUGUAGCACAAGGUUUCUUUAACAGAGCCAUACGUCUAAGUCAUGUGAAUAUGGUGGCUGUAAGUACUGGUAAAGUGAAACACUUGCUCAUGAACAACAACUAUCCGUCAUCUCUUCUCAGGAAGUGUGAGAAAAUUACUAAUGAUAGAAUUAAUAGUAAUUUGAGGAUUGAGGCUGGUUUGAAAGGGUGGUCGUUCUGUAAGCUUCCCUAUAUUAAAGGUUUGUCACCCAGGAUUGGAUGCUUGUUCAGGCAGACUAAUUGUAAAUUAUUUGACGCUGCUCAUAUUUUAGACUAUGAAUCUCAUUUUCUAAAACGUAACAUCAGUGAGAUGUUUUUCAUUAAAGUGUUUGAUUGCGUCAACUUUAGGUCUGAUACUCAGGGUUUAAGUUCAUCAUACAGAAGAAUCAAAAGCUCACCACUGGAGAAGAAAACAGUUCCUCUUCCAAUGCACUCAGUAGCUGGAGGAGAGUUCGGUGGCACUGAAGAGGAAUUAGUGGACGUUCCAGUGGCCGGGUUCGUGGGAUUAGCAGAGAUUCCCUUAAGGUGGUGUGGCGAGCACUGGGCCCCCCGAGGCUGCUCGAGGAGUCGCGCUUCGAGCACUCGCCUUCAGUCUGUUCUAAGUCCUUGGAGGACGACGGAAAAUUUACGACUGUCUGGUGAGCCAGCCCCAAGCUUGGGCGCUGGCUGCUUGGCAACUGCAGCUGCAGUUGCUGUUUAUUUUUUGAUUUCCGACGCUUCCGCUUCUUGCGCCAGGUGCUACUGCUGCUGGUCGUGGGGUUCGCCAGCACUAUGGGUUCAAUGUCUCUGGGUUUUGAUGAUCUUCCGAGUUUUGAUGAUGACAGUGAUGCUCCUCGCUUGCCGGAGGUUUCGCCGGUACAAUCGUUGUCUCGUACCUUCAGAACGCUGCGCCACCAGCGGUACCGCCGGUAAGCAUCAGACAUGUUUGUUGAAGCUGACAUUGUUGACAGAAUCCAAU